AUGUAUGGCACACCUCACUCCCUCUCAACGAUGAAUGGUAUUGGAGAGGUCGUUGAUGGCUCGGGUACUAUCGACCCGACAAACCUGAGCAAUUCAGUCUCUGUUCUGCCGGUGCCAUCCCCUGCAGAAGCAAUCCCCCGUGGUAUCAAGCGUACUCGUACUCCAGAUCGCAAUGGGAAUGGCCAUACAGAAGGAGAUCAGGAUGAUGAGGACCAAGGUCGUCGCAAGCGAGGCCGUCCACCGAAGAUUCCGCGGGCAACCUCUAACGACCAUCCAUCUGGCACUCCGAUUCAAACCCCACAGAUGCAAGCCCGUCCGCUUCCCCAUAAUGCCGGAUCGCCAACUCUUGCAUCGCCCCAAGACAAGACUACCCCGACAAAAUCGCUGGUCAAGGCCCUUCCAACGGUUCGAGAUCACACGUCCGAUCAGCUGAACGAUGAGGGUGACGAAUACAUCCCAAAGGAUUUCGACGAUGCGGGAGAGACCAAGGUUGAUGCCAUGGGAUACCUGCAGGGUACUCGUGAAUACAAAUGUCGGACCUUCCGCGUACCCCAUAGAGGUACCAAAUUGUUCAUGUUGGCGACAGAAUGCGCAAGGGUAUUGAAUUAUCGUGAUUCGUAUCUACUGUUCAACAAGAAUCGGUCUCUACACAAGAUAAUCGCAUCACAAGUCGAAAAGGAUGAUCUCAUUCAACAAGAUAUUCUUCCUUAUUCUUACCGGUCCCGUCAGAUUGCGAUUGUGUCCGCCCGAUCCAUGUUCCGGCAGUUCGGGAGUCGCGUCAUUGUCAAUGGUCGGCGGGUUCGCGAUGACUACUGGGAAAGCAAAGCGAGGAAACAAGGUUUCACCGAGGACGAUCUAGCGGGUGAGAAGCGUCCGGGCGCGGCCAAGGUCCGAGAUGGAUCUGCGGCAGAUACCACGACCUCCAGUCUACUGCCGGCCCUUCCCCAUAACGAUGUUAUCUUCAGCAAUACGGUCGAGCCACUACCUCCUGGCCUCUCCUUGGAUGUGUCAGAUGUUUCUCCCUCCCUAACCCAGCUUCCUAUGAUACACCUGGCGACAACGGAUGACCCUCGACUCCGGGACUAUAACAGUAUUCCUCGUGCCCGCCAAGAGCUGACUGGUCAGACCUACCACGAUCGCACUCAGCCCAGCUCGGGUUCAGAGAUCCUCAAUCAAGCCCAACACGCCGCUGAGUUCAACAAGAUUUUGGGGUCACAGAGAAGCUAUCGUCGGAAGGGGUUGGAGGAGUUUUAUUCAAAGCCCCGCGAGGCCCCUGAGACAGAGGCCCAGUCAACCACUGCUCUUGAAUCUGGCCUUUCUGUGUCACAGCCUAUUCAACCUCCUCAGAUUCAACCUGCAGGUAUGGGCAACCCGGCUCAUGUACAGCACGCCAUGCCUCAUCUUGCCACAAUGCCACACCAGGCUUUCCAUCAGCAGACACAUCAGCAGUCGAUCGGCCAGUCACCAGUUAGAGGAAUACCAGCGGGCAUACAACCCAAUCUCAUGCACCAAAGAUCCAAUCCAUCCAUAUCGGCCGCUAUCGGUCAGGCCCCCUAUGGCUACCCUCAACAGCAGCAGCAGCAGCAGCAACAACAACAGCAGCAGCAGCAGCAGCAGCAGCAUCAGCAACAGCAGCAGCAACAACAACAACAACAGCAGCAGCAGCAAAUGUGGGGUCGGCCACCACCGCAACCACAGCAGUCACCUAUGUCUUCAGGUCAACAGGGUGUGAAUAUGGCUCAGUAUGCCCAGCAAUUAGCUGCGGCUUCGCAGCAACCGUCGGCCCUUCACCAUGCUCAGCAGCCUCAACAAUCCCCCCGCAACGUGCCCCAGAUGCCCCAGCAGUACCAUCAAAUGCAGCAUCCACAGGCUCAACAGCAGAAUAUGGGAGGCAUGGGUUUCCCAGGAGGAAACCCUGCCGCUUACCAAGGCAUGGCACGGGCAAUGUAUCCUCAGGCUCAGGGAGGACCAGGUGGUCAGGCCUAUAUGGCUGCCAACCCUCAGCAGGCCGGUAUGGCGAUGGGCAUGGGCGCAGCUGGUAUGCCAGGGUGGCCUGCUGGCGCUGGCGCACCAAUGCAGCCAGGCCAACCUCAACCAGGUCAGUCAGGAAGCCCAUUGGGCGGAUGGUCAGGUUACUAG